GCCCAUCGCUCAUUUCUAGUUCACACCACAGCACCGCUGAAUACAAGGAUGGACCCCAUAAUUCUUUUAUCUUCACCACCUGUCCCUUCGUUGCGAAUCACAACUCCCACCAAAGCAAAUAGAAUGGUGUCCUCCCAGCCCUCGUCUCCACUACUCUCGCCCUCAGCUCUUUUACAAGAACUCGUUGAGAAAGGUACAGCUGCGAUACAGAAACAGAAUGAUACAAGAACCCUGUUAUCACGUCAAGUUAUCUUGGAAAAUGCUUGGAAUCUUCCAAACAGCGACAGCCGAGAUGGUGUUGUCACCAAACUACCGCCCAAAAGAAAGAGAGCACUAAAACCAACUGGGGACCCUAUUGCCAAAAUAUCUCGAGCGAGGGGGAAUUCUAUAACACCAACACUUGGCGAUUUUCUGGCAAAGAGCAAAGUCUUGGGCGAGGCUGGAGCAAAGAAUACCACCAAACCAAAGAUUAAAAAUACGAGAAAGAAGAGGGCGACGAUGAACGAUGGUCAGAUUGUGGCCAAAACCGCCAAGAAGUCCAUGCCAACAAAAUCACCAUUCUUCGCACCGCAAGAUGCAGCAGAAGUGCCCAGCAAACCAGUAAUUUAUGGGAACCCUUCUUCUAUUCCCCAAUCCCCGACCAAGCUAAUUACCGAACCGCCCAUACCCCUCGUCCAUAGAGAAUGGACUCCCGUGAAGGACACUGUUAUUAGUAUCGACAGUUCCCCUACUCUAGGCGGCAUAGAGACAGGUGAAGGGAAAGACACCAAAGGCAGGGGGACGCUUGACUUUGCAAAUAUGGUUAGUGAAAUGAAGCUCUCGAGUAGCUACAGUCGUGACGGCAGCGCUUUGGCUUCGCUUGGAGGGCUCAAUAAGUCUGGCAAUGGGCUAAUCAAGAAGCGAGCUAUAGAGAUUGUAAAUCUUCCUAGCAACUCUAAUAUCGCUAGUGGCGAGCCCAGAGCGUCCAAAUGUAAACAACCAAGGAAAAAAACAAGGACAAUCACAGGCCAAGCAACAACGCAAUACCGAGAGGCGAAGGAAGUGACAAGCCACUCUUUGCUCAAUUAUUUUGCGCUUGAGGACGCCACCUCCGAAAGUGCUGUAGUCGAGAAGCUAACUCGAAAGCGAAAGACAGCUUCUGCGACGAAGAGAGAUUCCUCUCCAGCGCCGAAACUUCUAAGCCCGAAGGCUGCUAAGCGCCAAUUCGAUGAGACAGAAUGUAUCUUUGGCAGUAGUUCGCAAUUGGAAGUUAUGGCGGAGAUCGAGACGGUCGACAACCUGGAGCCUGCUGAGGAUGAGGACACUCCUGACUAUAUACCCCCUUCGACGUCAAUUGUAAGGAGAAAUUUCCUUAAAACCUUAACGAAGGAUAGGAAGGGUGGGAAUAAACUAGUGGGAACGAGACAUUGGACAAAUAUCGGUCUACUCGAUGUAUCGACGGUUGAAGAUUUUGGGUCCCAUUCCGAAGAAUUUCCUAUGGAGCAGCCAAUGCUGCCUGAAAGUCGAUUAGGGAGAAGGACUGUCAGCAAGCUAUGGGAUGCAGCGGCCAGAGAUUUGGAUGGUGGCUUGCUCUCGGUGGAGGUCGUAGACAUGUCCGUUGACAAUGGGAUCCUGUCGUUACCUAGCAACCCGGGACCUGUGGAAGUGAUAUCGACCGCCAGGAGCUCAAGCUCAUCUGAGGGCCCAGCCCUCCCGGAUCCUAUGGGAACAGUCGAAGAUGAGCCAGUGCCAAACCUUCGGAUAGAGGGGCAUUUGACGAGACCACCAAGUAUCGUCGUUCAGGGUGAGGAUAUGCGAAAUUUACAAGUGGAGGGCCAGCCCGCAAACUCUCCCCAGAAAAACGGUGUUGGGGAGGAAUUUAUACCGCAUCUCCGAACAGAAGAUAUGCCCCCCGUCAAACUGAAACGAUUUGUCAUUCCAGAUGCGGAUGAUGUAAGAGAACUAUCGUUUGAUAACUUCGCAAAAACGUCGGAUCGCGCAUCAUCGAUGAUUCCAAAAAGUGUUACAACUUCGGUUGUAGACACUCCCACAAGCAGGGUAGCUGCUCUUGUCAAUUCCUCCGCCACAACCUUCAACCCCGAUCCUCAAGUACAGCCUGAGCCAUCCAUGCCAAACUACAAUGCAUGGAUAACAACAAAAUUAAAGGCUGAGGUAGCAAGAUACGGAUUUAAAGACCUGAAAACCAGGUCUCGAAUGAUAUCUAUUCUUGAAGAGUGCUGGCUAGCGAAAAACAAGCGGAAUAUCGAACAGGAUACCAACAAGGGCCGGGGAGCUGCCGCCACUAAGACAUUGACCCAACGAACGAGGUCUACUAGUCCAACCUUUACCCAUCUUCCGCAAUCAGGCUGGCCAAAUAUCUCUCGCAGCCAAGAAUACUCCACGACUACCGCUCCAGGGGCCUCCAAAUUCCGGGGGAACAGGCCAACAAUAAGGCGAUACCCCACUGAGAGCGGGGUUCCUGGACCCCCAGACCGAGGGCGGUCACCGACUCGCAGGGAUCAGUCCCUUACCCACCAAUCCAUGGCGAAGCAAUUCGCUGUAGGCAAUGCCCCCGGGACAAGCAUACAAUAUCCACGAAAGUCUCAAAGCCCGUCCAACUCCGUACAAAGCACCCCGCCCCUAUCGCCUAAACGCAAAGCUAAAAAGCACAAGCAAAAACAAACCGUCUCCCCCUUCUCAUCACCUAAGUCACCAUCAAAGAGUGUAUCUCCUUCCCGCUCGCGUUCCCGUUCCAAAUCCCCCAAACUGUCCCGUAAAAUGAUAUCGCGCAUAAUCCUUGAUAUCGAACCCGGGAGCGAAGGGUGCAGGUUCUCACAUGCGAUCUUGAUGUACGAUCCCAUCAGCGUGGAGGAGCUGGCGGAAUGGCUGAAUGCUCGAGGGAUCAUGGAGGGUGGGUUUGGUAAGCAUACGGUAACUACGAAAGAUGUGAAGAAUUGGUGUAUUUCGAAGGGGAUUUGUUGUUUCUCAGAGGAUGGAUGGAGGGUUAAGAGGAAGAGGUGA